AAGCUUCGUUCAUUCUUCCAUCUAGGUUUUAAUCAGUUUAUUGACAUCUUUUUAAAACCUAGAUAAUAUAUAAAAAGAAGCAAAAACUAUUCUUCAUUGUUCGCGUAUACUAGAAACGGAUAUUAUCCAAUUUUACGGUCAGAAAUGGCACGGCCGAAAUAUCAGUGGGCGUGUUUGUUCAUUUGCCUAUUUAGUGUAGUACGGAAGAUUGAUGGGGUUAACGUUACUCUUACCGUUCUAGACUCCGCCACGUCUAAAGGAGCAGUUUGUCUGGACGGAAGUCCACCGGGAUUUUACUAUGAUAAAGGAUACGGCGAAGGAGUGAAUAAAUGGGUGAUAUUUCUAGAGGGAGGAGGGUGGUGCCAGAAUGGUUUAGAUUGCAAGAAUCGAGCCUAUGGGAGAUUAGGAUCUUCCAAGGCCAUGAACCCCACGAAUAAUUUGGGUGACAUGUUAAGCGAAAGCUCAACAGAAAAUCCAGAUUUUUUUAACUGGCAUAGAGUUCAUGUUGCUUAUUGUGAUGGAUCGUCUUAUACCGGUGAUGUUGAAGAAGUUGAUCCUGCUACCAAUGACGUUUAUAGAGGAGCAAGAAUUUUUGAUGCAUUAAUGGAACACUUUUUAGCACAAGGAAUGAAAGAUGCAACAAAUGCAAUCCUUGCAGGUAAUUCAGCUGGGGGACUUGCUACGAUAAUACAUUGUGAUCGUUUUCAUGCUCUUUUCCCAAGCACCACCAGAGUGAAGUGCCUUGCCGAUUCUUCCUACUUUAUACAUGAUGAUAAAAUACAAGGAGACAAACUAUUUGAAACCAGCUUUGAGUUUUUGGUUAAUACAAUGGGAUCAGCUAAAUCCUUGCCUCAAGAAUGCACUUCAAAAAUGAAACCAUCGCUGUGUUUCUUCCCUCAAAAUUUACUACAAUAUAUCAAGACACCGGUCUUUCUUACCAUGUCAGCAUUUGACCAAAUUCAGAUGAGGUAUGGGUUGACUCCAUCAUUCGAAAAGUGUGCUGUGUAUAAUAAUUGCUCUGCCUUUGAGUUAAAAACUAUCCAAGAUCAAAGAAUGGACUUCUUAAGCCUACUUCCAAAAAGUGACUCCUCAUCAACAGCAAUUUGGGUCCCUAAUUGCGUUAGUCAUGAAUUCACAUACUUUUCAUGGAAUGGACCGAAUAAAAUCAAAGUCAUGGGAGACAAGACAUACGCAGAAGUAUUCGGUGAUUGGUAUUUUGACCGGAACACAAGUCCGAUUCGGGCGAUUGACCGGUCCGACAUGCCCGUUGACUGCACUGCAUUUGGGCAACACCCACGUUGAAUUAUAAUUUUCGUAGAUUACAUGUCAGGAGUUAAAAAGAACAAUAAUAUAUACUCCGUAUAUAUAUACUCGAUCUGUAUAUAACAGUGGAAUGUGUAAACCAAGAUUAUAUAUAUAUACACACGAGUGACGAGACUGUAUUUGCAUUGAUGAGAAAGAAAAAAGAAAAAACUCAAAAUUAGUACAAAC